CACCUAAAACUUCUUCAAUUGUCAGCACUUCAAUUGCUGCUGUUGCUGAAACCAAAUUGCCAUGUGAAAUUACAGAGAGAAGACUGUGGAAGAGAUACGUGAUGCAUUCCUAUUCUUUUCCAUAUUCCCUAUUUUAUGUGCAUUUGGCUUAGAAAAUUGAAUUAAUUGAUAAAUUAAGAAAAAAUUUGCAUUUUUAUUGAGUGUUAAACACGACUUCCUGGAAUAUAUCGAAAAGAAUUGGAAUAUUGCAUAAAUGAUAUAAAUUAUAUGUUCAAAUCAUUGUGUAAAGCCCUUAUUUAACUGAUAUCGAUUCCAGUGAUGAUAGAGAUUAUCAAAGAGUGGAAUACUGAGUUGCAAGAGCGUACUGGAAAAUUUAGGAAACAGGCUAAUGCUAUAGCUGAGCGGGAUCGUAGAAUUUUGAAGAAUCGUGAUGUUCUAUUGAGGCUUGAGAUCGAAGCGGCAAAAGUAGUUGAGACACAGUCAAACAUGGAGCGGCAAUUGGAGUUAAUUGAGACUCAUCAACAGGAGGUUGACAAGGCUUUACAAAGCAUGGAGGAAGAUGAAGCUGCUUCUACAAGAGAAUGUAUGAGCAGUCUGAACUGAUAGAAAGGGAACUAGAGCAGAUGACAGAACAGAUCAAAUUCAUCAUCCAAUCUCUUAACUCAAACCAGGGUGGAGAGCUUGAUGCACUUGAUGGAAUGACUCCAUUAGAUGCAGUAGUUCGAAUUCUAAACAAUCAACUAACCUCUCUGAUGUGGAUAGAUGAAAAGACUAGUGUCUUAUGUACAAGAAAUAGGUGUGACAUGAAUGAGGCAAAAGAUUGAUGUACGAGAUGUCGAGAUUAUCCAAACAAAUCGAAACAACCACCAAUGAAACAGAGGAUUACAAUGCAGAGACGACCUGAGUUUCUCGUGCAGCACUGCCGGAUCUACGUGUUGCUACUUCGGAGAAUGAAAGAAAUCAUUUAUCAGUGACUGGAAGUUUUCUAUCAGUUCCCAGACUUUUCCUUUUAUGAGCUGUAGUAUCCAGCUUAACAGAUACAUGGCGAGCUCAUUUUCUUCAGAAUUCUGAGGCGUCUUGUUCUCAUCUAGAUGAAAGAAUACAACGUGGAAUGAGUCAGUUGGUUAGAGGCUGAAGCAAUCUAGGAUUUCAAUAUUUCAUGAAACAGACAUUGGCAUUUGGCAAUAUUGGUGUCGUUCGUUCAACAUAGCUUCUUUGUGACAGUUUUCACUUAGCCACCACUAGUAAUUAUUAUUGUUAUUAUUAUUCAAAAUACUCAAAUGCCAUGCCAAUGACUCACUAGUCAAGUGGCAAAGUCAACUAGAAAAGAAGGUGUGCAUGGAUAAACAUCCAGUGGGGAAACAAACUGUUUUGAUGCGUGGCUCCCUAAGUUAUGAGUAAACACUCUUUAUAGGUUAUAUCAAGAGGCCAGAAGGAUUGGUUUCCGCUAUGUUGGUAAACCCAGCAAAGGUAAUAUAAAGAAAAAUGUCAAAAGUAAAAAAGAAAGAGAAGUAUUUGGAAGUCA